CCACCAACAUACGCAUUUAUGAAUUUUAUUAGUUCCUAUACAUUAUAGUUGAAUAUUUUACAAAAGUUCUCGUAAAAUAAUCACGUUUUUCAUUCUAAAAGAUAGUCGAUGAAAUGCUGUGUAUUAUAUUUAAAUACAUUAACCACAAUUUAACCUCAAUUUUGGAUUGUUAUCCAAAUGAUAUUCCUACAAUUUAUCACAUUUACAUUUACCAGUUUAAUGGUAUUUAUGUUUUCUAGUUAUCUUAAUUUCGUAUACUUCUUCGAUAAUUAUAAGAAUUGGUUUUAUAACGAUAUUAAUGACUUUGAAAUUUAUGAUUACAUUGUCGUUGGAGCUGGUAGUGCAGGUGCAACUUUAUCUGCAAAGCUAGCAAAAUAUGGAUACAAAGUAUUAUUACUUGAGGCUGGAGGGUUUGCACCACCCUUUAUGGAUAUUCCACUUUUAGCUCCUCUAAUACAGAAUACUCCUUAUGAUUGGAAGUACACUACUGUACCUCAAGAUAAUGCUUGCAAAAGUUUAAAGAAUAAUAAAAGUAAAUGGCCAAUGGGUAAACUUCUUGGUGGAACAAGUCAGUUAAAUUAUAUGCUUUAUGUAAGAGGUCAUCCUUCAGAUUACAAUGAAUGGUUUCCAGAUUUUAUUGAACCUACUGUAGAAAAUGGUGGACCAAUGCAUAUAAGUGAUUUACAAUGGAAUACUGAUCUUGCUAAUGUAAUUUUAGAGGGAUUAAAAGAAUUGAAUCAGGACAUUGGCAAUAUCAAUAAUGAUUUAAAAAAUGGUUUCAUGAAACCACAGUUAUCCAUAAGAAAUGGAAAAAGAUGGAGCACAGACAAAUUACUGUAUGAAAAUUUUAGAGAUAAAUUGUUUAUUAGAACUUAUGCUCAUGUUGAAAAGGUAUUAAUGGAGUCAAAUAGAGCAAUGGGAGUACAAUUUAUUAGAUCAAAUAAGACAUUUAAAAUAUUUGCAAAACAUGGUGUUAUUCUUAGUGCCGGUGCAAUUGGUACUCCAAAAAUAUUAAUGUUAUCUGGUAUUGGUCCAAAAGAUCAUUUGCAAAAUUUAAAAAUAAAUGUUAUUAAUGAUUUACCAGUUGGUCAAUAUUUAGUGGACCAUAUACUUACUGGAAUUGAUUUAAUUAUGCUGAAUAAAAGCAUAGGUUUUAACAUGUUUAAUGCUUUGAAUCCUAUAUCAGCAAUAAAUUAUUUUUUGUAUGGAAAGGGUCCUUGGACAUUUACUGGAGUUGAAGUUUUAGGAACAUUUCAUAGUUCUUUUCAGAAAGGUAAUUUAAGUGCACCAGAUUUGCAGAUAAUGGUAAUGCCAAUGGGAUUGUCAAAGGAUAAUGGUAUUGUUUUAAGGAAGUCUAUGGGAAUUUCUGAUAAGGUUUAUAAUGAAUAUUUUGCACCUAUUUCAAACAAGAAUACAAUAACCAUUGCUCCCGUCUUAUUACAUCCGAAAAGUAAAGGAGAAAUUAAAUUAAAUAGUAACGAUCCUUUAGAUCCACCUUUAAUUGAUCCAAAAUAUUUAUCAAAUAAAGAUGACAUUGCAAUUCUCAUGGCUGGAUUACAAUUUGUAAAAAACCUUGUUGGAACAGAUGCCAUGAAAAGUAUUGGUGCAUCUAUUUAUGAAAAACAUUUUCCUGGUUGUGAAAAUGAAAUAUUUGAUAGUACAAAAUAUUGGGAAUGUUAUAUACAACAUUUAACUUUAACUUCGUAUCAUCCUGCCGGUACAUGUCGUAUGGGCGACGUUGUCGAUCAAAUGUAUAGAGUUUAUAAUACAAAAGAUUUGUACAUAGUCGAUGCAUCUAUACUUCCAGUUUUACCAAGUGGUAAUAUUAAUGCCGCAGUUAUAAUGCUUGCCGAAAAAGCAGCGCGUAUAAUUAAACAGAACACAAAAAUUGAAAUAGACAACAAAAAAUGUUAUAAACCUCGUGACUAUUACCACAUAAUUAAAGACUAACAUAAUAUAUGGAAGAAAGAUGUAAUUUAAUUAACUUUAAUUUAUUGCUAUUUUUGUACACGAAUUAUAAAAUAAAAUAGAUUCCUUUUAUAAAUUAAUUACAAAUUUAUCAGGGUAGUAUAAAAUAUAAAGUUGUACAAAUAUUAUCUUUUAAAUAGAACUUUGUAAAUUUAAAUCACUGAAGUUGCACAAAUGCACAUUAAUUUAAACAUUUAUAACAAUAGAAAUUAUUAUAUUCCUUAUUCGUUUCUGUAUUCGAAAAAUAUUAACGAUAAUCACGCCUAUUGCGUUUAUAAUCACGUCUAGAAUAGUCAUUUGAUCUGUGAUUACUAUAAUUACUUUUAGACCUAUGAUCUGUAUAGCGGCUAUCAUUUUGAGUUUGUUUUCUAUGAUAUGGAUGUGCGCGUCGCGACAUUCUAUCAUCUUUAUAAGUGUCUAUUUUUUUCGUAUGUAAAACUGUGUUUGAUGACAUGUUUGUUUGAAAUGAGUCUGAUUGUAUCUGAUACAUAGUAUUUCCUAACACCAUUUGUUGGCCUAACUGAAGCAAAUGAUUAAUAUUCAUAAAAUGAUCUGGUGUAUUAUUAAUAAGUGGUAAUUCUGCAUUUUUCCUGGUGCUCAUACUAAGGGGACGAUUGAAUAGUACUGUUCCAUCAAAUAGAUUUAAAGCAUACGAUACAGAAUCAAUAUGUUUAUAAGUUAUAAAUCCAUAAGAUCUUUGCCUGCCAUCACGAUCUUUAGGAAUAGAAACUCUUUGUACGGGACCACCCUAUAACAUUGUAAAAAACAUUAUUGUACAAAAAUAUAUUAAUUUUGAAAACAAA